UGUGUAGGCAAGGUUAUGGUCGUCUGGGAGCGGUGCCAGACGCCGAGGCGGCGCUGUUACCUUCUCAGAGCCGCGAGUGUGACGUGCUCAGCACGGGGCGCGGGGCCCCUGCAGCCGCCACCGUGCGGACCGGACGGGUCGGGACGAAGCGCAGGGGCACGGGAGGGCCUUGCUCGCUCAGAGUGGCCUGUCUGUCCUCGGUUUCCUGACGUGGUCCCCGGAGCUGAGCUCGCGUCUCCGUGCUCCGUGCUCCGGGAGGCCCUGGAAGGCGGCCUGGGGGCGCUCACGUGGCUCCCCCUGCCCGGUGGAGCGUCCUCCCCUCCCCGCACGUCUCGCUUCCUGACUGUCCGGGGAGGCGGUCGCCCACAUCGCAGUUCUGUCUCCGGGGCAAGGACGUGCUGGGAUUCUAAACUGCCUUCCUCGGUUCGCAGCACACUUUUGGAGCUGUUUGGUCAAAUAGAGAGAGAGUUUGAAAACCUUUACAUUGAAAACUUAGAAUUGCGGAGGGAGGUCGAGACUCUCCACGAGCGCCUAGCUGCCGAAGGCCAGGCGAUCGACGGCGCGGAGCUGAGCAAGGGCCCGCUCAAAACGAAAGCCAGCCACAGCACCAGCCAGCUCUCCCAGAAGCUGAAGACCACGUACAAGGCCUCCACCAGCAAGAUCGUCUCCAGCUUCAAGACCACCACGUCGAGGGCCGUGUGCCAGCUCGUGAAGGAGUACAUUGGCCACAGGGAUGGCAUCUGGGACGUCAGUGUGGCAAGGACACAGCCCGUGGUGCUGGGCACCGCGUCUGCUGAUCACACGGCCCUGCUGUGGAGCAUAGAGACAGGCCGGUGCCUCGUCAAGUACUCGGGCCACGUGGGGUCAGUAAAUUCUAUAAAGUUUCAUCCUUCAGAGCAGUUGGCUCUUACUGCUUCUGGAGACCAGACCGCCCACAUCUGGAGGUACGCUGUGCAGCUGCCGACGCCCCAGCCCGUGGCCGACCCCACCCAGCAGACGUGUGGCGAAGACGAAGUGGAGUGCUCUGAUAAAGACGAGCCUGACAUAGAUGCGGACGCGUCCAGUGACUGUCCUACCAUCCGGGUGCCGCUCACGUCUCUGAAGAGCCAUCAGGGAGUGGUCAUAGCCGCCGACUGGCUGGUUGGGGGGAAGCAGGCGGUGACGGCCUCCUGGGACAGAACGGCGAAUCUGUUUGACGUGGAGACGGCGGAGCUGGUCCACUCCCUGACAGGGCAUGACCAGGAGCUAACGCACUGUUGCACACACCCCACCCAGCGGCUUGUGGUGACCUCCUCCCGGGACACGACUUUCCGUCUUUGGGAUUUCAGGGACCCUUCCAUCCACUCCGUGAAUGUCUUCCAGGGCCAUACGGACACCGUGACCUCGGCUGUGUUCACUGUGGGAGAUAACGUCGUGUCGGGCAGCGAUGACCGCACUGUGAAGGUCUGGGACUUAAGGAACAUGAGAUCGCCCAUCGCCACUAUUCGCACAGACUCUGCCAUCAACAGGAUCAACGUGUGCGUCGGCCAGAAGAUAAUCGCCCUCCCGCACGACAACCGGCAAGUGAGGUUGUUCGACAUGUCAGGCGUGCGGCUGGCGCGGCUCCCCCGCAGCAGCCGGCAGGGCCACAGGAGAAUGGUGUGCUGCUCGGCGUGGAGCGAGGACCACCCCGUGUGCAAUCUGUUCACCUGCGGGUUUGACAGGCAGGCCAUUGGCUGGAACAUCAACAUCCCCGCGCUGCUGCAGGAGAAGUGAGGCCGCGGCGCCCCGCAGGGCCGUGCUGCGCCUGGACUGCGGACUGCUGCCGCCUUCUGUCUGGCAAGCCCUUUUUCUGAGAGUCGGGCCCUGAGAAGGGUGAUUUGUAUGUUCUUUGCUCAUUGUACCCAGCUUGCAUGAAAUGUACAGCAAAACGUAUGGUCAUAUGUGUUAUUUCCGUCUUGCGUGUGUGCGGCCCCCUGUGCCCGCGGGGACGGAGCCCCUCCCCCGUAGCACGGCGCGUGCCGGGAGCUGCCGCGUGUGACAGCUGACCAGAGGGCAUUAGGUCUGCGUGAGUUAAAUGUGAACCCGCGUACUUACUGUGAGGCACAAGUGGAGUGCGGCGUUUCUGGAAUAAGGAUGCACGUGUGCCGUGUGCCGGGAAGGUCACGGCGCUGCCCCCGCACUGGCUAACCCCGCGCGGCGGGCGCGCUGGGGGCCUCCUGGGUCCUUCUGUGUGCGGCGUUAGCGGGCGCCGUGUGUAAUUAGCUGCAACUCCGUUCUGUCUUGUUACGUGAAACUUAAUCUGGACGUUAGAGUUAACAAGAGUAGAACACCGUCUUUACAAUCGGAGAGUUUUUUUGAAAAGAAAAAGUUUCUGCUCUUUUUAUAGAAGAUCAUUUCAAUCUCCUGAGGUCUCAUAUUAGCAAAUUAAAAAAUGUGAUUCUAGUCACUGAUUUCAGAUACUAAGCAAAAUUUAAAGCACUUUAGUUUAUAGCCAUGGUUAUAAACGGUUUUUAGAAGUUACAGAUGACUUACCCAGUGAAUGUGACUUGGCCUUUUGAAGAAGCCCUGCCCGCCACCUGAACACAGAACCUUAUUUAUUUCCUGCACUCGGGCCUGCGUGUUUCUCAGUGGGUUCCUUCCUCGGUGGUGUUUGAGAGCCAACAAUGCAAAUAAAUGCGUACUACCUCAGAGCAGCGCAUUGGAGACCCCGGGCGGCGCCGGCUUCCGAGGGCCGGGCGGUCGCAGCGGCCGUGUCCUGAGGUCCGGGCUCUCCCGCUCGCUGGCAGGCGUGGCGGGAGCGACGCUUCGCAGGCUGGCCGUCGGCCCCUUGUGCCCUCCACCCCCCGCCCCUCCCGGGGGUCCCGUCGCUCUUGCCUUCCUAGGGCUCCCUGUUGUCUGCUACCUGUGAGUCUGUGUUUCUUGCUCAGUCACUGUUUUGAUAAAGAGCCAUCUGUGCGUACUGCCCUCCUAUUUUUCAUCCUUUGGAUGCGUGCGCUUGGAGAGGCCCGAGAGGGUGACAGCGGAGACCAUCACGGGCACCCUGCUCCUGGCGGGCACAGCUGGUGGCGUCGGCAGAGCUCCGGCCGCCCCGGGUCCUGAGUGAGCGCGCCUCACCUGAGGCUCCUUUGGUUUGUGCGGUAGCUCAUUAGGAAUUCCAGCGCUGAAUUCUCUGGAACGAUUCUGAGAUGACGGACGCGGUCUGGAGGGGAGAAGGGGCAGGAGAGGCCCGUCCCGGUACAGGCAUGGUCAUGGCCAUGGCGGAGGCCGGCGCCUGGAGGACGCACAGCACAGGCUGCGGAACACCGCCCUCUCUGAAGCCUGGCAUCUGCCUGGGGUGCCCGGCCCCUGCCGCCUGAGGGCACCACACCUCCAGUGGCGGGCACGGGGACCUUGGCUGCCAGGCUGUGCCUCCACACUCCUGGUUUCCAUUUGAAUGUCUGGGUGUCUUAGAGUCAUUGUCAGGAACAUCUACAAACACUGCUGAAUCCGACUUACAAAUCACAUCUCUGCUGGAUUAAAAAAAUCGGAAGCUUUUAAAUAAAGAUUUCUGACGGCCACUUAGUCUCUGCAGACUAGCGCCCUCUGUGGCCGUCGGCAGCCCCGACCUCGCUGCUCCCGUGUCCCCGCGUCUCCACGAGGGCACGAGGCAGGACGCCCUCCUGUCACAACACGGCGUCCUUUGACAUGCGUCCAUUCAGCUGCUGCUGUGGCCUUCGUGGUGGUGUCUCCAGGAGUCAUGGAGAUUUGGGAUCGUGCGUGUGUGUGUGUGUGUGUGCACGCAUGUGUGUGCACACACACAUGCGUGCGUGAGUCCAUGUGCAUGUAUGUGCUUGUGUGGCUGAAGUUAAGUUGUGCUCAGUCACACAUGACCUCAUCUGAAAUCGUGUUUGGAAACGAGAGUGGUUUUGUUCUGUGUGCUCACAUGUCCAGAAUUUCAUUUAAUGGGAGGAAAAUGUGUGGUCACUGAUAGAAAAUUUCCUAAGAACUACGUUGUUGGACAAAACACUCUUCUCAACCACUGCACAUCGAUUUCUGUGGAGACAAAAGUUGUGUACAUAUUUUGGAAUUUGAAGAAUCGGAUGUAAAUCAUUUGUUGCUUAAAUCUGUGAAAAACCAAGUUUCUUUGGGGGAAAUGUAUGCAUUUAUAAGUGUUGUGUAGAGCAAGUGUUUUUAUUGUGUUGGUGUAAUUGUUUUUAAGUGUUGAAUGUCUUCAUUGCCAUAUGAAAGUCAUUAAAGAUCCAAGUUCUGUAA